CAGGGCUGAGCCAAUCACGUGUUAUGACAAGCUCGACAGCACACCCAUUCUGAGUCAGAAACGUCUCAAAUGGAAAAAGAACAGAAUUAUAUCAUUACCAACUGACCUCAACGACGCGAAGUUCACUUCGUUCUUAGUAUCUGCAUACAGCUCCGUUUACGCUGAAAUCCAGCCUGGACUAAAAGGAAGUUGACCACUGAUGCCUGCCAAGAAAGGAAGUAGCUGUGCUGUGCCCAUGCAGUCCUCUCCAAAGAAGGGCUUUCCAGCACCAGCAACCAAACCAUGCAGCCCAGGAUCCUCGUCCUCCAGAGUCCAGAGAGAACCAGAGAGAACAGCUUCGGGGCCACGCACUUCCUCCACCGAGCCGCAAGCAGCACAGGCCAGCCGCAUGCCCACCACAUCCAGGCCAGUCCCACCACAACCUGGGAGGCCACCAGUGAGUGACAUCAAGAUGCCAGCCUCUGGUCCACCGCUGGGUGGAGCUGUACAGGACAGAAGCAGAGCAGCCAGUGUUUGUCUGAAUCAAUCCAGCUGUGCCAGGAGAGUCGCCACCAGAAGAUCCCAGUCAGAAUCAGAGGAGACGUCUAGAUACGCCAGGAAUGGAAGCGCUGGAACUAGGAGCGUGGAUGGUGGUAAAGCCCAGAAUAAACCUGCAAGGACCAGCGCCAGUCAAACUUCCCCUCAAGCAAGCCGAGCCCACUCUCCCCCUGUGCUCCAGGGUGCCAUGAACAAGAUCGACCAGGAGAAGUUGGCAGCCAUUGAGGUGGAAACUAGGGGCCAGCGGGAGAACCCAGAGUGGUUCGAGCAGCGCAGGAACCGCAUCACGGCCUCUGUCGCCCAUAAGAUUGCAAACUGCCGCUUUGUGAACGGGCACAGCCAGGAGGUGCCCCAGUCCUACCUGCGCUCCGUAGUGAGCUCGGGUUCCAGCGUCAAGACGGCAGCCAUGACCUGGGGUAUCGAGCAUGAGCUGGCUGCUGCUCUCCGCUACCAGGAGCUGAAAUCCAGGGAGCUGGGGAGGGAGGUGCUCAUCCGGGACUGCGGCCUCUUCAUCCACCCUGACAAGCAGUGGCUAGCAGCCAGCCCCGAUGGGGUUGUGGUCGAUGCUCAAACCGGUGAGACGCUGGGCUCCCUGGAGAUCAAGUGCCCUUUCAAGCACAGGGACAGCACCAUCAAGAAGGCCUGCAAGGACAAGACCUUCUGCCUGCAGCAAGAGCCAGGGGGCGCCUACAGUUUGAAGAGGAGCCACGCCUACUACACCCAGGUGCAGUGCCAGCUGGCCGUGUUGGGGCUCCACAGGGCAGACUUCAUGGUCUACACCUCCAGAGACACAGCCGUCACUCCGGUGGACUUCGACCCUGAGUUCUGGGACCGCACUGAAGACAAGCUGGAGAAGUUCUACACCAGCGCUGUUCAGCCUUACCUGGCGAGACUGAACCCCGCUCUGUCCAGAGAGGAGUAGAUGCAGGGCUUCGCACAACGCAACGAAACCAGGAGCUUCUGGUUAACCCUGGAAAGCCACUAAUGCACAGAAGCCAGUCGAUGCAGGCGCUUCAGAUGCUGGGCCAAUCUAGAACACAUAGGAUGUUGUGACAUGGGAUUGCAGAAAGCAGGUUCCAAGAGUUAGUUAGCUUGCUCUGUCAGAAGGAUAGGGAACAUUACUGCAUAGAGAUCCACUGCAGAGCGUGAACACUGCAAGACUGAAUGCAAAAACCUGACCCAGCAAACCGGAGAGUCUGCUUCCCUUAGUGCCACUCCAGUACAGCUUGACCUGGUAUAAACAUCCUAUCUACAAGACCAGCCUGAAUAAUUACUCAGGGGCAGACUUCAAUCUUCCUCCCCUCCACCCCCCAUGACAUUCUUUGCAUGCUUUUUAUAUUUCUGGCUGUGCAGUUUUGGUAAUGCCAGUGUUCUCUACCAGUCCUAUAACAUCGCACUACUAUAACAGUUAGUAGUGCCAUCAUUAAAUGUACAGACCAGUACAGGGACUUCCCUGGCCUUUAACAUAGCUGUCUUGUUAAGUAUUAUCUCCGGUCCAGACCAGGCUAAAUGAACUAACAGUGUAACUAAUGGAAAUUAACGCCCUUAAGGUUGAGAAAUCAUUGAAGUACAAAAAGCCCUUGAGAGAAUUCAAAGAGUAUUCUGUGAUGAGAGAAUUCAAAGAGUACUCUGUGAUGAGAGAAUUCAAAGAGUACUCUGUGAUGAGAGAAUUCAAAGAGUAUUCUGUGAUGACAGAAUUCAAAGAGUACUCUGUAAUGACAGAAUUCAAAGAGUACUCUGUGAUGAGAGAAUUCAUCACCGUGAGGCAAUGCUCAUACAGUGUGAUCUGCUUCAUUUCCUGUAGCUGGGCAUUGCAUCUCAACCAUCCUCAAAAUCCACUGCUAUGCAACCUUAACACAGCACUUUCCAAUCCAAGAGGGAAAGCAAAAUAAUAAUAAAAAUAAUAAUAAUAAUAAUAAUAAUAAUAAUAAUAAUAAUAAUAAUAAUAAUAAUAUUAUACUGUGCAUGUUGAAAUGAAUGUGAGGAGUGUAGAACUUGCAAAGCUGUACCGUGUCUGUACUUAUUUCAUUAUGAGCUGACUUGUGUUUUAGAUACCUCUUUGAUUUAAUGGAAUACAAAAGUGUAUUUAAAAACAAAACUGCCAGAAAAAAAAGGUGAGGAAUACAAUUCAAUUUUAGCCCUUCCCUCAGUACACGCACACACUGUUUAGAAUCUGAUAUAUCUUAGAAAACAAAACAAAAAAAUAUAUUUACAGUCUCUGUGUAUAUACUUUUUACACAAAACAAUAACAGAAAUGCAUAUUUAAAACAGUGUGCAGAUCAGAGCUGAAGAAGGGCGGGCAGUCGCUUUGUUUAAAACUGCAGAUCAGGGAGCUGAAGGAGUAAACAGUCACUUUGUUUAAAACAAUGUGGUUUAAGAGCAGAGCUUCUCAUCACACAAAUAAAUAGCACUUUAUCUCCCCAGUCAGGAUUGAAAAAAGAAAAAAAAAAAAUCAAUUAACAAAACCA